UUCACGUCAGUCACGUUCACUAGGAGAAUAAAGGUACAAACCAACUAUGAUAGCAUUUUUUUUAACUUUGUUUUUUUAAUAAAUAUAAAUCAUUACAUAAUAUUAUACACAGUACCAUGCGCUGAAACCAACAGAUUUACAAAAUAGGUUUCUCUUAAAAUAAAAACCUUAAUCUAGUUGGUUUGGCUAGGAAUGAAAUAAGUGGAAUGGCUCUGCUGCUCGUGUUUUUAACUUUUAUAUCUGGAAUAUUUUUAGUUUACACGUUUGAUGUUUCCAUCAAAGGUGAUAAAAGCGAAGCAUUAGAAGAUCUAGCCACAUUUUAUGAAGAAGAAAAAAAUGCUAUGAUCGCGCUACCUCAAACCGAACCCACUGAUUCAUACGAUGUAUUGUACGAAGACAAUGAUUUUAACCUGAAGCUGGAAGAAUCAAUGAAUGUUCUAUAUUUUGGACCAACUCAUUUUUUUCUACGGCUUGAUGCAGAAACAUUAUUACACUUGUUACAGUAUACACGUAAAUCAAGAAUAACUGUCUCACGAACCCUUUUGAUAUGGGAUAUAAUGACGGAUGGAAAGACAGCAGCAUUCUUGCAAGCUCGAGAAUUUCUAGCCCUGGGUGAGCUUCUCAAUUUUGUUCCUGAGGAAGAUUUAUACCAUGUAAACUUUGGCAGCCAGACUGUGCUAAAUUUUUUUGCGAACCACGAUAUACAUUUGUCAAAAAGAAAGUAUGGUAUUCUAGCAUCAGCAUACAGAAGAUAUUAUGGCAGUACUUGGUACUUCAAUAAAUCGAGAUUAAAUAAUUUGGGGUAUUUAUUAUGUGGUUUUCCGUCAAGUGACUUGGCAAAAAUUCAACCAAAAGUGUUAGCGGCUAUCAACAUUGAAGCCUUGAUGAAAUUAUCAAAAUGUACAAGAAAGCAAACUAGAGUCCUGUACAGUAUUAUUACACAUCAAGAGGCUUUAGGUUCACCGUAUAGUUGGGGUGCUGAAGAAAUAAAGAAAAUCAGCCUAUUAUUCAUCCGUGUCCCAGUUCAUGACAUCAGUUCAAUCCAUUUGGAAGCCAUUAAAGCCAUAAAACCGGAAGUUAUGAAAAUUAUAGAACAGUACAAACUAACAUAUUUUUCUAAGCAACAAGUGCUGAAAAUGUCAUCAAGAACCAGAAGAAUUUAUGUUUUGCGUUUACAGUUACUGAAUAGUUAUGAUAUUCAAAAUAUUGAAGAUUGGUAUUAGUAUAGUUAAGUACCUAUGUUUAUAUUUCUAAUAUUAGGUCAGUACCGACAAUCUUAAUUUAAAUAGAU